UUUUCAAAUGUAAAUAAUACAUUUAACGUAUCUGGUGUUACAUAUAAGCAAUUAUUAAAAAUUGUGAGUUUCACAAUUUGUGAGUUGUACAUCUUACAUGACGUUAUUGUUAAUUCUUCUAUACGCAUCGGGGGAGACGAUGACUUAUAAAAAUCGGCCUAGAGGAAUCUAUGGAUGUCAGCACGAUGCCCCAUUAGUGCAUUCCAAGUUUUGAUCGGCAAUAGCAGUUGUUAGCUACGAUUAUCAUCAAUGACUAUGUCUUUGAUUGGCUCAGCUCAUACGCUGAUUCCGAUAUUCAAAUAUUUAUAAGCAGUUACAGUCAAAGCGUAUCGGCGUCCUAAGAUAUGCAUAGGAAGUCAUGGAACGCUGAAAAGAUAUAGAAAAUUUACAUGUCUGAAUCUCGGAAAAAUUACUACGGAUAAACUGAAAGAAACAGUGUUAUGACACUCACCUCUCGCACAUUUUUUUGCUUGGUGGAGCCUCGUCCUCAUGUUGAGCAGGCAUGUAAUAAUUUGCUUGUUUAGCGUUCAUUUCAGCACCGGCAGCAUACAUUUUUACUAUGUAGACACACCCAAACUUUACUAUGUAGACACACAACCGAUGAAUCUCGUGUUCACAGAGCAACUGAGAGACAGAAGUUUUUUUCCGAAGCCUAAUAUUAUAGCUACUAUAGGGCACCCCCUCCUCUUACUCUUCAGAGUUGUAGCGCAUGAGCAGAUACAUUCUUCAAACCGAGAAACGAGAUGUGGCUAUCUUAGUUUUAGACCCCACCCCAUUUGACUUAGGCGUGUCCAAACCUGUUCUAAUCUAUCCAAACCUUUUCUAAUGGAAAUAAUAUAAGGUAAAGCAUUCUAGAGUGCAGAGCUAUUCUCAGCAGUUCAUGAAGACAUGGAAGACUUCGCUCAAACCGAACGGGAACUGUUGGCGUAAUCCACUCGUUUGAAUUCGCGAUUGUCAUACGACGCGUGGGUGCAAAAAAGUGUGACAAUCAGAUGUUUGAAGGAACAAAGUCGAGCAAAAUGACCGCGAUUGUUGAUUGGCGCCGCGCAAUCAGUGGUGGCUCGUAUUGCACGACUUGAGGGACUGAAAAUUUCUGUGCAACAACGCUUCAUACAUGUGGGUGCUGGACACGCAUCAGGAGAUACAGAAUUGAUGCGAAGAGUACGGUGCUCGAGCACGUGCGAAGAGCUAUGGAAAGACACAACAAUCUUAAGGUGAACACUGUGUUCAAUGGCGAGUUUAUCGCGGAUGACAAUCACGUGUUCAAAAACAUUAACACGAGAAACAGUGAACACUUUUCUGCUUUGGAUUUGGAAAAAUGGUACGAGCAACGCGUCAUCGAGCCUACCUUGGCAUCUUUGGAGGAAUUUCAAGAACGUGAUAGUGGAUGGGCAUUGCUGCGCAUACUUGAUCUCACAGUCAAUGUGAACAAAUACAAUCCACUGUAUGCAGGGUGCAACAUUGAGUUGCCGCGCGAAAUAAAAUUAAAGAAAGCAGUGAUAAACGUACGAACUAAAGACAACGCAUGUUUUGCAUGGUCUGUAGUCGCGGUAUUAUAUCCAGCUGAAAGACAUGGAGACCGGAAAUCUUCGUACCCACAUUAUACCAAAAUAUUCAAUCUUCAGGAUAUUGAAUUUCCAAUGACGAUUAAACAAAUCACCAAGUUUAAACAGCUAAACAACAUAUCCAUCAACGUCAUUCAAGAUAAAAAGAAGCAGAAAGAAGCAUGUACGAUCGUUCCAAUACGUCUCGCCAGUAAGAAGGAAAAGCAUGUAAAUUUGUUAUAUGUGCAAGAUCUACGAGAGUACAAGAUAGGACAUUUCGUGUGAAUUAAGAAUUUGUCACGUCUUGUGGACAUGCAACUAAGUAAGAAAAAAUGCAAGAAAUAUAUAUGCGAUCGGUAAGGAGAUAUUCACCAUAAAUACAAUAUAACAAAUAUGAUAUAAAAGAAAAACUCGCAAUAUCCAUUUCUUUUUCGUUUCAGUUGCUUGCAUUAUUUUUAUUCUAACGAAAAACUGGAGAAUCAUAUCAUAAAUUGCACCAAGUUGAAUGACUGUGCAGUCAUCCUGCCAACAGAGGCCAACAAGUGGCUCAAUUUUACCAAUUACAGCAGAAGGGAACGAAUUCCAUUCGUGAUAUACGCUGACCUGGAAUGCAUUCUAGAGAAGACUCCAAACGAAGAAAAAAGCAUAUGUAUAUCAGCAUCAUAAAGUAUAUAAUAUAGCUUAUUACGUACAAUAUUCCUACGAUGAAUCAUUAUCCGCGUAUCAGUGUCAUCGUGAUCCGAAUUGCAUUUCGUGGUUCGUCAAGGAACUUAAACAAUUGGCGCGUCGUAUAAAAAUUAUUCUGCGUAAUAAUGUCCCUAUGGAAAUUUUAUCACAAAAACAGUGUGCAGCAUUUUAUAAUGCAACGCACUGUCAUAUAUGCGAAAAAUCAUUCGCGGUGGGGGAUAUACGCGUACGUGAUCAUUGCCAUUUAACCGAGCAAUACAAGGGUCUGCACAUUCCAAUUGUAAUUUAAAUUAUACAGAUUCCUAUUAUAUUCCGAUAGUUUUUCAUAACUUAUCAGGUUAUAACGCUCAUUUUAUUAUCAAGGAAGUAGCCACCGUUAUUAUCAAGGAAGGCCACGUCGAUGUACUACCAAUAACGAAAGAAAAAUAUAUUUCACUUACCAAACAUAUUAAAGAUACAACAAGUAAAACAUCAGACUGGCGAAAUCAUAUUAAAUUGCGGUUCAUCGAUUCGUACAAAUUUCUCAGUACCAGUCUCGAUAAAUUAGCAUCGUCUCUCACUGGAGGCAAAUUAAAAAUUCUUCAAUCCGAAUUUAAAAACUUAUCCAACAAAAAUUUUAAUUUAUUAACGCGAAAAGGUGUCUUUCCGUACGAAUAUGUGGAUUGCAAUGACAAGCUGCAGGAUCAUUGUUUGCCACCGCGCGAGUUAUUCUACAGUUCGCUGACAAGUGAUACAGUAUCUGAGAGCGAUUACACACACGCCGUGAACGUAUGGGAACGGUUUUCUAUUCAAACCUUAGGCGAAUAUAGCGAUUUGUACCUGAAGACUGAUGUUUUGUUAUUGGCUGAUAUUUUCGAAAAUUUCCGCGAUAGUUGUAUCAAAAGUUACGGUCUAGAUCCCGCGCAUUAUUACACAUUGCCAGGUUUCACAUGGGACGCGAUGUUAAAACAUACAAAAAUUAAUUUUGAAUUACUCACAGAUAUUGAUAUGGUAAUGUUUAUCGAACGCGGUAUACGUAGUAGUCUGAGUCAGUGUUCCGGUAGGUACGCAAAAGCCAAUAACCAAUACAUGCAAUCUUACGACCCAUCGAAGCCAUCCUCAUACCUCAUGUACUUUGAUAUAAAUAAUUUGUAUGGGCAAUGUGUCAACCGUUACCAUACGCUGAAUUUAAGUGGGUUGAUGAUACGUCGAAUUUGGAUGUUUCAUCAAUCCCGCUAUUCGCUCACAUAUAGAUUCGCUCAUAGGUUAUAUUCUCGAGGUUGAUUUGGAGUAUCCCCAACACUUGUAUGAUGCACACGUAGAUCUACCGUUCUGUCCGCCGCGAAUGAAGCCCCCGAAGAAAAGCCAAGAAAAACUCCUUGCGACUUUAUAUAAUAAGCAGCGUUAUGUUAUUCAUUAUCGCAACCUGCAGCAGUGAACACGCCAUGGUCUUCGUAUCGGAAAGAUUCAUCGCAUACUCCAAUUCGUGCAAUCUCCAUGGCUAUGCAACUACAUAGAAUUAAAUACGCAGUUUCGAACGCAUGCAACAAACGAUUUUGAGAAAAAUUUAUACAAAUUGAUGAACAACGCGGUAUUCGGCAAAACAAUGGAAAAUGUUCGCAAUCACGUCGAUGUAAAACUUUUGACAAAAUGGGAUGGACGAUACGGUGCAGAGGCAAUGGUCGCAAUGUCAAAUUUUCAUAGCAGGAGCAUCUUUUCAGAAAAUUUAAUUGCCGUUGAAUUGUGAAAACUCGAAGUGAAGUUCAACAAGCCGAUCUAUGUGGGUAUGUGUAUUCUCGACAUAUCUAAGACCUGCUUGUAUGAAUUUCACCAUGAGUACAUGUCACUUCUGUAUCGCGAGAAAUGUAAAGUACUAUAUACGGAUACAGAUAGUUUAAUUUACCACAUAAUGUCUGACGAUGUGUAUGAGCUAAUGAAACGUGACAUUGCUAGGUUUGAUACGAGCGAUUAUUCUCAAAAUAAUAUAUACGGUAUGCCGCUUAAGAACAAAAAAAUUCCAGGGCUUAUGAAAAAUAAAAAUAACGGAGCUAUAAUGACAGAAUUCGUCGGGCUCAGAGCAAAAAUGUAUGUGCUGAAAGUAGAAGGUAAAAAA